AUUUUGACAAAUAGAAGUCAAUAGUUCCCUACAAAGUGUAAACUUAUCGUUUUUCAUCUACAGAGAAUUACGAGUAUUUAUUUGAACAAAAUAAUUAGUUUAAGUAAAAAAUAAGAGAAAAUGAACCCGAAUAAAUUGAAUUUGUCGUUAGAAAUAAUCCUUUCAUUUAUAUUUUGCACAUUUCCCGUGUCUUUUGCGGGUAAAACCAAUUUCGUGACAUGCGGCUCAAUAAUAAAACUACUGAAUUCAGAUUAUGGUUCCCGUUUGCAUUCACAUGAUGUAAAAUAUGGUUCUGGUUCGGGCCAACAAUCGGUGACAGGAAUUGAGUUAAAAGAAGAUGUGAACAGUCAUUGGGUGAUAAAGGCACCAACAAAUAAGCAUUGUGAACGUGGCGAACCUAUACAAUGUGGCGACAUUAUACGCUUAGAGCAUUUAACUACCAAGAAGAAUUUACAUUCCCAUCAUUUUCCCUCACCCUUAUCUGGUGAACAGGAAGUAUCGGCCUAUGGGGAUGAUGGUGUAGGUGACACCGGUGAUCAUUGGGAAGUAAUUUGUUCCAAUGAUGAAUGGGUACGUGAUGCUCAUGUGCGCUUGCGGCAUUUAGACACAGGCAGUUAUUUGGGAAUGUCUGGACGUUCGUUUGGAAGACCAAUUUCUGGCCAAAUGGAGAUUGUCGGUUUUAGCAGUUCUCAGCACGGCACCCGAUGGACAACAGCAGAGGGUUUAUUUAUUGUACCAAAGGAUAAAGAAUCACACAAUGAAUAUGCUCACACCGAACUUUAGAAAAAUUGUGAUGUGCAUGGGCUUUGUACGAAUUUUGCCGCUAUGCUUUAUGAUAUACUUUUAUAAUAGUUAGUUUUUCAUUUAAUUAUUAUUUAGUUCAAAUUGAAUUUUAGUAUCUUGCAUUCAUGACAACACAUCAUACUUUCAACAUUCAAAUGCGGUAAUGUUGCAUGUUUUUAUGAAUAUCAAAUAAAUGCAAAUUGUGUAAAAAAAAACAAAAUUAACAAAGCAGUUAAAAA